AUGGCCGAAGAGGACAGAGCUCUUGUCACUCUAGCUCAGGAGUGCAACAGGCUAUCAAAUGACAUCAGAGAGGAGCUGCAAAGCCUUAGGCCCAAACGGCGCAAAUCCAAGGCUCGGAGCAGCCUUGCGGCCCUGAAAACAUUAUUGGUGGAGCCGAAGAUCAGAGAUCUGGAGCAGCAGCUUCAAAGAUGCCGCGAUCAGCUUCAUUUCCACGUCUCCACCUUGUCGAGUGAAAAUCUCAAGGCACUACUAGCCACAUAUAAAGAAGAUGGAGCAAAGUUGACUCGACUCGAGCUCUCCAUCACCCAACUAAGACAGACUUUACAAAACAUGACAGCCAUGAGGGACAACUCCAUCAGCAAUCAAAUCUUGAACCAGUUGAAAACCUUGCUACAUGUCGGGCAGGACACACUAAAUGAGGUCGCCCAAGAUCGAAUCCUAAGAGGGAUCAAGGGAGGCUUCGAUGAUAUAUCCUAUCGCUACCAGAGCAUCGAUAAACCUUUUAAAGACACAUUCGAAUGGAUUUUGGACCUCAGCGGCAAGUCUCCAGAGGCUACCAAGUUCACCCAGUGGCUAUCAUCAGGAGACGGUAUUUUCCACAUAUGUGGGAAGCUCGGCUCGGGGAAGUCUACACUAAUGAAGAAGCUAUGUACGCAUGAGCGGACUAGAAUAGAGCUCGAGAAGUGGAUGAAUCCUCGACAGAAGUCUUUGAUGGGCCUCUACCGAACUCUACUCUACCAAAUCUUAACAGCAAGCCCAGGUCUCAUACAGUUUCUUCUCCCGGAUCAGUGGGUUAAGGCUCUUUCACAGCAGAAGGUUCAUUCAGCAUUCGAGAUACUUGACGAGGAAAUUAAGUGUGCUUUCGAACGUCUAGCGAAGCAGCGCAAUUGCGAAACCCUUGGUGGAUGCUAUUUCAGCUUCUUUAUCGAUGGUCUCGACGAAUAUCAGGCGACCACCUCCAUCGACCGUCGCGAGAUGGUACAUACCCUAUUAGAUGUGGCCAAUAGCGCCUCCAGUAGCUUUAAGAUAUGCGUGUCGAGUCGUAUGGAGAACCCGUUCAUGGAUUUAUUCUCUGAGGACAUCAGGCUCUAUCUUCACAAGCUGACAAGAGCAGAUAUGGAGGAAUAUGUUCAGGGAAAUCUGCAACAUGUCGGAACGCAGAAUGAAUGCCGACAACUCGCCUCAUCUAUCACCACGAAGGCAGAGGGUGUGUUCCUCUGGGUUGUCCUAGUUGUUCAAAAUAUUCGUAAACAGUCAGAUGAUGGGGCUAGGUUUUCUCAGCUAUUAGCUGAGAUUCAGUCACUCCCGAUCGAGCUGGACGAACUAUUCCAACGAAUUCUGGAUACCCUUGGAAUGCGACAUCGCCGGAUGGCGAGCCACACCGUCUCCCUUCUCCUUUUCCUGGAUAAGAUCCAAAAGGUCAAAAAGAUGCAGUUAUGGCUAAACUUGAGCGAUUUCUACUUCCUUGAGGACUACGAAUCCGACCUACGGUUUGCUGAAAGUGAGAGAUUUCCAGGGCAGGGUUACGAGUCAGUCAAAGAGAGCGAAGUUCGUGCUAGGAGGCAACUAAGAGGCGUCUGCAGAGGACUUGUGGAAGCAAAUAUCGACACAGACCUCGACUUCAUCCAUCGUUCCGUACGGGACUUUUUCCAGCAGAAGAAGGUUCUGGUCAAAAUGCACGACGAGUCUUUCAACAACCUGGAAGCGCUGUCCCAACUAAAACUCGCGAGCAUAAAGCAAUAUUGGUGGGAUACAGAACGACAGAAUGGGAAUAAAGAUGUUGAAGUAAUGAAGGUGGAAGAGGGGAUUCUCAGCCGUCACUCAAAACUGGUUGCAUGCCUCCUCGAACUACGACGACAGCAACAGCUCGACGCGCCGCCUUUUGGCUUCCUUAAAUCUCUUGAUACCAUUCCCCAACUCUCCGUGAGCGCAAUGAUGAGCCGCGCGUUGAUUUCCAACAAGACCGCAUUUCGAAUCAAUCUUUCCUGGGAAAAAUACCUGGAACUCCCGACUAAAGAGCUACGCGAUCAGUUCGAAAUCCUGCCAUACUCACACUAUGAAAUCUGCCACACCUCGCGAGUUCAACAUAUAUCGAUAGAUUAUUGCGACGGAAUGCCCCGAGAGUGUGUCAAUGACAGCAUAUACUGGAGAAAGAAGGACGACAAGUCUGAUACCGAGAGCUCGGCGGUGCCAUGGAGGCCAUACGACGAAGAAGUUGAUGAUCGAGAAGACUACUCGACCGCCGUGAUCUCACCUCUCUUCACCGAACUGUGCUCAGGGCGACUAGAGUAUCCACUAUGGAGGAUAUCACGCCUCUACGAAAUGCCUAUAGAAUCUGACGCCCUCGCCAUGCUUUCAUACUAUGCGAUAGCAACCGGCAUCGGCCGAAUUUGGGGUCGCGAAUCGGACGUUAACGAAACUGCUUUGAAAGCCGCAGGCCUCUAUUUCUUGGAACAUCUUUUCAAACAGCAAAUUCUGUCUCCAAACUUCCUGACUCGCCUGGCGUUCGGCGGCGAGUUCGGCAUCGUCCGCAUUGCUGCCGGAAACCAGCGAUUGUCCCUCUGGCAGCAUUUUCUCUGUUGGUGGGCUGCUGUGGCUGCCGCAUGCGGCGAUUUUGAGGAGGGUAAUCCUAGGUAUUAUGAUGGGCAAUCCGAAAGAAGUCUCACUCUGGAACCAUCAGAAGGAGGUACCGCUUCUGAUGAUGAGCAGUCCCAAACCAGCCUCGAACUGGAUUCGGCAGAGGGAGAUACUAGUUCUGAUGAUUAUCUCCCACGCGACCAUUUUGAGCAGUACGAGGUAGGUUGGUGCUGGAAUGCUUCAUAA